AUGGGAACCAGUCGUCGCAUGAAGAAGCAGGGCCCUCCCGAGCGCCUGUCCGAAGAGCAUUUCGCGAAGUUGAAGCGGAAGAAGGGUCUCCCAGUCGAAACCCCAGAGGAAGCGCCAGCCAAGAAGAGGAGGACGAGCAAGGCAGACUCUGGUCCCAAAUCCAACGGGACGAAAAAGGCUGCCCCGUCCGCCAAGGGUCCCUCCAGGCAACAGAACGGCUCCAAGCCCAAGGGCAAGGAGAGCAACAGGCAAUCUUCCCGACCAAAGAAGUUGGCCGUUCCCGAACCCGAAGGAUACUCGGAUAUCGAAAUCGACGAUGAGUUUGGCGACUCGGAUCUCGAAGGAAAGGAUCUCUCAGACUCGGACGAUGAUGAGCCUGCGAAGCUGGGAGCCGAUUUCUUAGGAUCCGAUUCCGGUGACUCCGUGUACGACUCCGACAAUGACAGGAAGAAGGAGGAGUUUGUCUUCUCUGAAGACGAGGGCGAUUCGGAUGCCGAGGAGCAGCUGACAGCUGCCAACAUCGAGGGUCUGUCGAGGAAGCUCGACAAACAGAUGGAAGAGGAAGCUGCCGAUGCACAAGCAGAGCUCGAGGAGGCUGCACUGCAGACAAACAUCAGCGGUGGCCCGCUCGAGGUGCUCGAGGAAGAGGGCGGAGACGCAUCCGCCGCGAAGAACAAGGCUCUACUAGCCCCGGACUUGCAGCUCCUGAGGAACAGGAUAACGGAAAACAUCCGCGUGCUUGAGGACUUCUCAAAACUAGCCGAGGAGGGACGGUCAAGGGCUGAGUACACGGCGCAGCUCAUCAAGGACAUCUGCGCCUACUAUGGCUACUCAGAAUAUAUGGCCGAAAAGCUCUUCCACCUCUUCAGCCCAUCAGAGGCAUUCGACUUCUUCGAGGCCAACGAGAGCGCCCGGCCGAUGGUCAUCAGGACCAAUACUCUGCGGACAAACCGCAGGGACCUGGCGAGCGCUCUCAUCAACCGUGGUGUCACUCUCGAGCCCGUCGGGAAAUGGUCAAAGGUAGGCCUGCAAAUUUUCGAGAGCAACGUGCCCCUCGGAGCAACCCCGGAGUAUCUCGCGGGCCACUACAUCAUCCAAGCAGCGUCCUCUUUCCUCCCCGUCAUGGCCCUGGCCCCCCAAGAGAACGAACGCGUGCUCGACAUGUCCGCCGCGCCUGGUGGUAAAACGACACAUAUGGCGGCUCUCAUGCGCAACACAGGAUGCAUCUUCGCCAACGAUAUGAGCAAGUCUCGUGCCAAGGGCCUGAUAGGAAACAUACACCGUCUGGGCUGCAGAAAUGUGGUGGUCUGCAACUAUGACGCCAGGGAGUUCCCCAAGCCCAUCGGCGGCUUUGACCGCGUGCUGCUUGACGCGCCAUGCACCGGCACGGGUGUCAUUGCCAAGGAUGCCAGCGUCAAGACCAACAAGACGGAGAAGGAUUUCAUGGCCAUCCCGCACACGCAGAAGCAGCUGCUGCUUGCUGCCAUCGACUCGGUGAAUCACCACAGCAAGACAGGUGGCUACAUUGUCUAUUCUACAUGUUCCGUUUCAGUAGAAGAGAACGAGCAGGUGGUCGCCUACGCCCUGGCCAAGCGGUCCAACGUCAAGCUCGUCGACACCAACCUGCCAUUCGGGAACGAAGGGUUUGUUUCCUACCGCGGCAAGACGUUCCACCCCUCACUAAAGCUUACUCGACGUUACUAUCCCCACACGUACAACGUGGAUGGUUUCUUUGUCGCAAAGUUCAAGAAGAUCGGACCAACCCCUGCCAAUGCCGUGCUCGCAGACCGCAGCGGCACCGCCAAGGAGAGGGCCAACGGCGGCAAGCAGCAGCAACAGGAGGACGAGGAGGACGAGGAGGUCGUUGACAAGACGCCCAUAGGUCACGAAGAGGGCGCAGUGGACGAUGAUUUCGGUGGCUUCGACGAAGACGAGGAUGACAAAAUCAUGCAGCGCGGAAAGAGGAAUGCCAUGAGAAGGCGCGGUCUUGACCCGAAGGCGCUCAACAAGAGCAAGAACAAGGAGAAAAAAGAAACAGGUGUGACUACACAUGGCGACGCCGACACUGCUUCUGCUGCUCCCUCCCCAGACAAGACCAGGGCCAAGUCAAAAUCCAAAAAGACGUCUAAAUAG